UGAAGUCUUGAGGAAAUCUCAGGAAGAAGAAAACAUCUCAGAGAGAGACCGACGAAAGAAUCCAUUUUUACCUUUUCUUUUCUUUUCUUUUUUUUGUUCUAAUCGGAAAAAGGAACUUUUUUUUGUUUAGCUUCUUUCGUCGCUCAAGUUUCACUUAGGUGUCUGUUUCUUAUCUUCCACGAUUUCUCUCCUCUCCUCUCCUCUCUUGCUUUGGCUGAUCGAUUUGGGAUAAAUUGAGUUUGCCAAAUCAAGCAUCCCGAUUUCGUUGGUUGUAUUUAGUAUAGGAUCCAAAUACUAUGGAUGUAAAUAAUGUGAAUCCAUUUGCGAGUACAAGUGCAAAUGCAAGAGCAAGCGGUAGUACAAGUGCGAGCUCUAACUCGAGUUUUAGUAGCAGUGUGGCGGAUACAGAUGAUGAUCAAACCAUUGCACGUAUACUAGCUGAAGAUGAGAGCCUAAGGAGAGAAGGCAAGCUUGGGAAAAGACUAUCUCAUUUGGAUUCUAUCCCACACACUCCUCGGGUUAACAGGGAAAUACCUGAUAUAAAUGAUGCAACAUUAGACCAUGAGCUGCUCUCUGGGAGGUUGGCUACAUAUGGGUUAGCUGAAUUACAAAUGGAGGGAGAUGGAAAUUGUCAGUUUCGCGCUUUAGCAGACCAGCUUUUUCGCAAUGCAGAUUAUCAUAAGCAUGUAAGGAAGCAUGUUGUAAAGCAGUUAAAACAACAACGGAAAUUAUAUGAAGAAUAUGUGCCAAUGAAGUACAGACAUUACACCAGGAAGAUGAAAAAGUUGGGUGAAUGGGGAGAUCAUGUCACUCUUCAAGCUGCUGCAGAUCGAUUCGAAGCCAAGAUAUGCUUAGUCACAUCCUUUCGAGAUCAAUCCUACAUUGAGAUACUUCCUCAUAACAAGAACCCUCUCAGAGAGGCUUGGCUUAGCUUCUGGAGCGAAGUGCAUUACAAUUCGCUAUACGCCAAUGGAGUUCUUGCUCUUCCAGAUGUACCAACAAGAAAACCCAGAAGGAAGCAUUGGCUCUUCUAGGAUUGGAAUAUAAGUUCAUCUCCAUAUGUAUAAUGUAAAACAACCUUCCCUCAGAUUCGUGUGUGAAGUUUGCUAUAACCUUACUUUGUUGUAUGCUUGAUUGCUUAUCAUUGGUUCUCUUUCAACACCUUGGUUGUAAAACAAUGAAUAAACAUAUAUAGAUUUAUAUUUCUUUUAAUAAUAAUAAUAAUCAUUACUAUUGACUUU